AUGUCACAAGGUGGGUAUUCUAUCUAAAAUUAAACUAAUUUCAUUGAUAUCGAAUAUGAUCCAUAAGUUUAUGUAAUUAAUGCUAAGAAGGUCAACAUUGCAGUAAGGCUUGGUUCUUUAGGAAAAAUUAACAAAAUUAUCAAUGAUAGUGACAUAUCUAGAUAUGUGAGACCAUAAUUUAUGUAUGAUAUGAACGAUGAUACUGAUAGCUUCAAAAAAAAAUCUGAUAUCAAUAAUUAUUACUGUCCAUAGCUCGAUUCAUUCGAAAUAUACGGGCAAGAAUCUAGCGUAAGAAGCAAAUAAUUGCUAUUUGUGCUGCAAAAGUGCUCUAGCGUAGCAAUUAAUCCAACAAUUGAAUGCGAAUAAAAUCCAAAAUUAUUCUCACAAAUGAUUCCGCAUAUUUAUGCAGACGUAGCAAUAAUGACUGAAUAUUUCAAUUCUAAGGAUUUUACAGAAGACAGACCUUUCAAGAAAUACUUUAAUUAACAAAGAAAAUACUUAGUUGAAGAUAGCAAACAACUAAAUUCCUAUAGUGUUAAGUUAAACACUGUUUCUAUUUUUGAUAAGCUCAUUAGUUUUUUUUGUCUUAGACUAUUUCAGGACUUAUUUCAAAUGUGGGUGGGUUCUUUAGUCUAAUAAAUAUGA